ACUCGAAUCAGUGCGAUUAGCGAAGCCGUCGCGUGGGAGAGCGUUGGAAGGCAUGGUCCGAAGUAUUUAUGUAACUUCAUUUUGAUGAAGCGGAAAACGGCUGGUCGCUGUCAACGGACCAGGACACGAGGUAAAUAAGUCUUAUCAUACCUGGUGACGAAGAUAACGACGUUGACGCGGCGGCGGAAGCGGCGCAGAAACGGAGAAGACGAAUCGGCGAAGUGGGUUUUCUUGCAGACGGGCGAAGUCACGAGGUUCUUCGCGGGCCGCUGAGUUAGGAUCCCGAGGAUGGGCUCCGGCCAAAGCGCCCGCAAAUUGACCAUCUCGAACGAGGAGGAAGUCGGGGUGAUCAAGGUCUCAAACGCGAUCGUGCAACGUCUCGCCCAGGGAGAGAGGACGAGGGCCCGCGGCGAACCAUCGUCAGAGGCGAGAUCCGGCGCGCCUCCGAUCCAACAGUCGGCACCUUCUGGUGUAACGACUGUCUCGCCUCAAGCCAGCCAGGAAGCGACGCCUGGACAACCGGUGUAUUAUUAUCCGGAGUUAACAAUGUCCGCUCUUCAAAUGCAGCAGCAGAUGGAAGAGGAGUUGAAGCGACAGGAUCAGUAUUGGCAGAGGCGUUUAAGGAAUCUGGAGGACGGUUAUCAGAGGAUCAAUCGCGUCUUGGAGGACGAAUACAAGAAGGCGGCUAGUGAGACCUCCGUCGCUAAUCCUGGACAGAAAAUUGCAGAUAUUCAAAAUACAGUGCAACCAUGCUUGGAGAACAGUAAUAAAGUCCUAAAGUGUUUCCAGGAUCAUCCCAAGGAGACUCUUAAAUGUUCGAACUUGGUGGAAGAGUUUUCUCAUUGUGUCUGGAAUGUGCACUACGCACGCAUGAUCGAAACGCGUUCGUAAUAUGUUCUACUUGCGCGUCUCGUGGAUAACAUCUCAAAAAACAUUUAGUCGAAAAAUAAUAAAUUGUACAUCAAAGUGUAUUGCCUAAAAUGUUUAUCUCAGCAGAAUUGUCGCUGAUGGAAAGUAGUGUAAAGUGAAGAGUACACGAGAAAAAAAAUGUAAAAAAUAUAUGAAUAUUGUAAUUUAUAAUAAAAUGGUAAUUGUUACAUGAGCGAGAUAAAUAUUGUUAAACAUUAAACAGAAAGUACAUUUA